CUUCCAGCUUGUCUUGGCUUCGCCGCGGACGGACGUUGCUGAGUCGCCUUGUCGCCCUCGCUGUCGCCAUGCCGGGCCUGCUGCUGGGAGAUGAAGCGCCGAACUUCCAGGCGGACACCACGCACGGCCGGAUCCGCUUCCACGAGUUCCUCGGCAACUCAUGGGGCAUCCUAUUCUCUCAUCCCCGGGACUUUACACCAGUAUGCACGACAGAGCUUGGCCGAGCAGCAAAGCUAGCACCUGAAUUUGCGAAGCGGAACAUUAAAAUGAUAGCCCUCUCUAUUGAUGAUGUUAAUGACCAUCUCUCUUGGAGCAAGGACGUCAAUGCCUACAAUGGUGAUGAGGCCACAGAGAAGCUCCCAUUUCCAAUAAUUGCUGAUGCAAAGCGAGAACUUGCAGUCCAGCUGGGCAUGCUAGACCCAGAUGAGAGAGACAAAGAUGACAUGCCUCUGACUGCUCGUGUUGUGUUCAUUUUUGGCCCAGACAAGAAACUGAAACUCUCUGUCCUCUACCCGGCAACCACUGGAAGAAACUUUGAUGAGAUUCUAAGAGUAGUUGACUCUCUGCAGCUAACAGCCACUAAGAAGGUGGCUACCCCUGUUGACUGGAAGCCUGGGGACCAGGUCAUGGUAAUUCCAAGCCUAAAAGAUGAAGAGGCUAAAAAGCUGUUUCCAGGAGGGGUUUGCACCAAAAAACUCCCAUCGGGCAAGAAUUAUCUUCGUUAUACCCCUCAGCCUCAAUAGUAACUGUGAAGAGAGAUCAAGCAAACCAGAAAGCUGGAUCAGGCUUUCUAGAACAGGCUGCUUUUAACUGUCUUGUGUGGAAGUAUGUUUGGGGAAAUUAUUGCUGAGGUUAGAGUAGUUGAGCUAUUCUGCUUAGAUCCUCUCUAUUGAACAAGGUGGCCAAAUAUCCUUGGUCUGGCUUAUUGUCUCAGCUAAUCAGUGUAGGCUUGUUCUGUUCAGACAUGUGAUCAGUUGUCUUGGAUCUCUACUUAGAGCUGUGUCUGCAACACUGCACCAAUAUAAAAUUAUUGAUUUACUUUAAAUGUUUCUAUUCUCAAGCCAGAUGUGUACAUUUUUUAAAAUAACAGAUCUCUCCUACACUGGGGAAAAAAUUAAGUGGGUAAACAAAUUUCUUAUGCUGUCAUACAUAGAAAAUCUCAAGCCUCUGUUUAAAUAACCAUGCAUUAUGUUGUAAAGGCUGCAAGGAUAACAUGAGGUAAGGCUUCUUGGGCAUACUACAUGAGAAAUAAAUGUCAGUUGAUUGGUUCCACAGUUGAAACUUGUUCCAGCAGCCAUGUGCCUUUAUUUCAAAUCUGUAUUAAUCAAAAGCGUGAUUUGGAAAUGCUCAUAUUAACUUUGCAUUUGCUGUAUUGGGGACAUUGAACAGAUUGCUUUACCAAAAAUUUGUAUCAUAAUAUUUAACUCCUUAUUCAGAAAAUAAAACUAGCUACUAAAAUGUA